CUGCACUCUUUCACACGGAAAGUUUGUUGACGUCUCCACACUUUAAAGACGGAGAACUAUUAGUCUGGUAUUCACACGAAAGAGAUGUACUCACACUGCAGCUUGGGAAAACUCAUGGGAAAGUCAUGAUUUUUGUCCUGCAGCAGUCCUUCAGGAAUUAGCUUGCCCAGCGCUUAAGGACCCGAGUGGCAGUAGGUCUGAUGGGAGCCAGCUGGACUCGGAGCUUUAGGAAAGAAUUCCAGGUGAAGAAGCUUCCUCUCUUUCCAGCUACACCUGAACUCUUACUUGAACCUCGGUGGUACAUCCCUCCUUGGGUCUGGCUCCUGUACCGGCUCUCGGCGCUGGUCUACACGCUGGCCUGGUGCGUCCAUUCUGGCCUGCUGUUUGCCACCCCCAAAUGGCUGAUCCUGUUGAGUCACCUGACCUACUGCAUGCUGGGAGUGUACUACCUCAUCGCGCUGGUCAACCUCAUUGCCAUGCUGGUUUCCGUCAGGUGCUUCUGCAGACGGGAGGUUAAAAGGAAGAGCCCAGACAGUUUGGACACCCCAGUGGCAGCCCCUCACGCCGACUCCUCCUGCGUCAGGGUUGAGCAGUGGACACUGCUUCACCUCACUCCUCCUCCACUGGCUCUUUCGCUCCGUCUGCAGUGGCUCCUGCAGGUCCUCGUGAGCACCUUCUCUCUGGCGGUGUCCCUCCUCUACUGGUCCAUCAACUACCCCGUGUCCCGCCACCCAAUCAGGCCCUUCAGCAUCAACCUCCACGUGGUCAACAGCGUUCAGGUGCUCCUGGAGCUCGUCCUGUCCUCCACACCUGUGCACCUGGUUCACUACCUCUACCUGCUGGCAGCCGGGGUUCUCUACCUGCUCUUCACCCUGGUCUUCUGGUUGGGGGGCUUCACCAACAUGAACGGUCAGCCGUACGUGUACCGCGUGCUGGACUUCGGAGGUCACCCGGUCCUCGCUGCCCUCUGCACGCUGGGAUUCAGCCUGGUCUGCCUACCCCUGUUCCACUUUGUCCUGUGGAACGUGCACCUCCUUAGGGAGAGGCUGGCCCAGGGGCCCAGGGGCGGGAGGUUUGCCCUGAAGAGGGAGGCCUGGUGGUGGGGCAACGUGGGUGGUCUGUCCCCUUUCCCCACGUCGGCUCCAGAUCCUGAGGUGCUGGUCUUUGCGAGUGGGGAAGGAGAGCCACAGCUCCUUCUCACGGCGUUGUCCCAUGGCUACUGCAGCAUGACCACUGAGUCACCGACUGAUGGUCACAGCUCUGUAAAUGCCUAACCCUGGACACAGCCCAAAGCAGGGACUGAGUGAGUGUCUAUUUUACUGCCAUAAAAAUGUCAAGAACUUGCUUGUGCCCCUUAGCCAUCACGGUCAAAUCCCAAUCCACAAUGAGAGAGGACUUCAUCUACAGUAAUUGUAUUACACUGCUUGUAGCACACAGAGAAGAAGUUCAUUUUUAUGUAUAUGUACUAACAGAAAUGUAUCGUUUUGUAUUGGAUAAGC